GUGUGCAACCAACUUGAAUUAGAUUUAAAGCUGAAGCUUCGUAGAUUUGCGACAGAUGUGUUCGCCUGAUCGAAACUAGGUCGGCUUCCAUUGUUGAGCGGCGCGCGACCAGACUUAUUCGUAGAUCACGACAAUGCGAGGAUGAACUACCGGUACCGUGCCCCACCCCGUGAUGCACGCCGACGCGUACAGGUACCGGUAUGGAGAAGGCUGCGAGCGAGCAACUUAGGAACUAGCGCAUGUUCAGUUCAUGUUUGUUGCGGUGCAAGUCGGUCCGACAGGCCUUGAUCGUCACCUCUGUUGACUACCUUGGACUAGCACGUCUCAGGGCAUGUAUAUAUGGUCGCCUCUUAGCUAGCAAGCAACUCAGCGCAGUUUUCCAUCGAUAUACAGCGGCUACGUUUGCCGCAACAAUGUUGUUCUUAGUCAGCCCGCGCAAGUACUUGCAGCAGAACUCUGCGUCAGCGACAGCAAAUCAAUGGUGUCCAAGGGCGGGACAGAAGCUGUGUCUGGGGAGAGCAGCGAGCACGCGCAUUGCUGCGGCGUGCGACAACGCAAAUGUGUACACCAGUGUCAGUGGGUCCCGGCGUUCACCAAGACUAACAGUCUGACACAGCGUCAACAAGAAGGUAAAGAGCAGGCUUGUUAACAAAUAUGGCCCUUGCAG